UGUCACAUCGGCUAGGGAUAUUCAAACACGUUUUGAAUGUCGAUCGAAAAGCAUACACUCAAAAUUCCAAAAAGCACAAGCCCAACGCCCAAGCGCCAUAAAUUAUUUCAAGUCGACCUUCAGCUCCGAUCGGGUAAAAAAGGAAAAGACGGCAACAGACCUUCUCACAUGGACGGAGGAGGGGAUAACCAGCUGGCAGUGAGGUCCUUGGCAGGCAGGCAGCGUGAAGCGUUUUCUCACCACGCUGCUCCACCCACGGCCAUCCUCCAAGUACCAGAUCCUGGCCAAGGAGACGCAGUUGACCUGCGAAUGGCUGUACAAGCCUUCAUCCUAGCCGAACUCGCCGAGGAUUCUGGCUUCGAGUCUGGUAGCGAAGGCGAUUAGCAGAAUAGCAAGGUCUUCCAGGACCUAAACAGUAAAAUGAUACUUGAGUAAUCAUUCAUAAUAAGACGAAUAUAUAACUUCUUGUAUCGCAUAUUGCUACAAAA